AUGGAAAGCGGUCCAUCAAAAUCAGGAGGAAUCGAGUACAAUAUUGUUAUCAAGCCAGAUGAAUCUGAUCAGCAAGCAAAUGAACCUGCUUUAGUAUAAGUAUAGAGUGGGUUCUACAGAAUGGAGACAGUUGGUCUGAAAGAUAGGUCUCGAUCUAAGCCAGCAGAGCCAUCUAACUAAACUCUGUUGACUAAAGAAAAAUAUUAGAUAGAAAGUUAUGUUUCUUAAGGCACUUACGGUCCAAUAUAUUUUGGACGGCAUGGGAUCAAAGAUUUUUCACUGGUUUUAAAGUUUGUAUAUAAUUUCAUCCUCCUAAUCAUUAUUAUGUAGUAUGAUUAAAAAGAUAAGACUACGAGGAAAUAGUAUUUCGAAACUGAAGAGUAAGUUUUGAAGCAAAUUAAAGCUUUAAACUUGAAGGGAUUCCCAACCAUUAUUUCAAGUGGCUUUCACGAGGAAAUGAACAUGAAAUUCAUUGCAGUUAACAAAUUUGACAUAGACUUAGAAACCUUAUAUUUGAAACUUAAUAAAACUCUCAAAAAGACUACAAUCAUCAAUAUUGCCAUUCAACUAAUAGAAAGAUUAGAGAAAUUGCAUGGGCUUGGCUUUGUUCACAAUGAUGUCAAGACUCAAAAUAUUUUGCUCAAUUACACUUCGAAUCUCAUCGUAUUGGGAGAUUUUACCAUGGUUACAUCGGGGUUAAAUCUAGAUUCAAAAGAUUCAAAGAAAGAGAGGUCAGUUUUUAAGGGAGCUCCAUUGUUUACAUCAGUGAAUAUUUUGAAUGGUAAACCUGCAUCAAUGAAAGACGAUCUUGAAUCAAUAGGAUACAUUAUCAUCUAUCUACUUUGCGGUUAACUUCCCUGGAUCAUUAAUAAGAAGCAGAAAUUAUCAUAAAUUACUAGGAAGUAAAUGAUAGAAGAUGAAAGUGAUAUUUAGAGACUGAUCCAUUUAAGAAAUCCCAAUACACUUUGUCUAAAUUUAGAUGGUAACUAAUAGUUCUCCAUUUAUACUUUUAUUAUAGGUGAAAUAGGAUAAUAUUUGCAUUACUGCUAAAAUUUAUCAAGACUAAAAAGACCAGAUUAUAAAAUGUUAAAAAACCUACUUUUGGAUAUAAGGAGAAGAGAUGACAUGAGUGACAAUCUUGAAUGGUACGAAGAGUAUAUGAGAUAAAAAUUGCUACAAGAAAAAUAGUAAAAUGUUGAAAAGCUGCAACUACCAAAUUAACUAAACGGAACUAUUGUUGUCAACCCGACUCAAGCAAGUUAGAGAAGACCUUUAAGCAGUUAUAAGAAUAAACUAUUAAGCUAAGAUCAAGGAGGUAUUCAAACACCUAGCAAUAGCAAUAAUCCUUAAAAUAUGUUCAGUUCAUAAAAAAAAAUUUAAAGAAUCAGAAGAGUAUCAGUUUAAGUUCCAAGAUUGAGUGGAAUGGGGAAACUUAUUGAAAAAGACAAAGAGGCGAUGGUUAUAGGACCAUUGGGGAAAAACUAAAAGUCCUAACUAAAACUAGAAGUAAUCGAGGAUGAAAAUAUAGUGAAUGGUAAUAAAACAAUAAUAAAAAGGAAAGUAUUCAAGAGAAAGAAAACCAUUAAAAAGAAAAAAACACUAGUUUAAAAACUUGACAACUAAGUCAUGCAGAACGAAGAAGAGAAGAAAGAUGAAUAAAAUGAAAAUGGGCAAGAUAAUGAAAUAUAGGAUUUUGAGGAUUCGGAAGAAGAAAAUGAAGACAAGAUUAAGGUCAAUAUGGUAGAAGAGGACUCGUACCAUUAGCCAUAGUCAGUUAAAAAUUCAGAAUUCAGUGGAUCUUAAAAGCAGAAUAGCGGAUUUAAUAUAAAUGUGAGUCCUGGUGAUACUGGGAACAUAAAUCAAUAAGAUAGAUAGCAAGAAGAUAAUUAAAUCAGGAUAGACGAUGAUGAGGAAAAUUUUGAAGAUUUGGAUUUAGGGGAAAGUGAAUACGUUACUGACACUCAAAGAAGAGUAAAUAGCAGCACUUUCAUAGAUAAGUAUGAUUUUAACGCAAAGAGUAACGAUAUCAAAGCUAUAUAAUGA